ACAUUCCAAAACAAAAUGUCACUUCUUUGACUCACGUUCGCCAUCUUGUUACGAUUAAGAGCAUUUUAUCUUAAAAUAUCCUGGUUGUUAAAAUACUCGGUCGUUCUGUAAGUGUGAACGAAUUAAAGGGCAAUCAAAUAUAUGUUUCGUGAUAUAUAUUUUUCUAGUAGUCUGACGAACAAGUGAUAUUUCUAAAUUUCGUUGUUUGUUUUGAUCAGUCAACGGUAAUUUCGAGCAAUGGCGUGUGCAACUUUGAAGAGAUCUUUGGAUUUGGACUGGGAGCCUGUCUCUGCUAAACGAAGGAGAUGUGCUCAAUUUUGUACUAGUCCUACACAUACGAAUACCCCAUGUAGUUCAAAUUCUGCAGUCGCUUCAACGCCGAAGCAGGUUUCCGUCUUUCCCGAUGUCAUGGGUAGGAAACUUACGCCAGAAUAUAUGGCUGAAAGUAUCAAGGCUGAACUCAGAAAGAUCCAAAGACGCAGGGAAAUGAAAUACGGAAAUAUGGAAAAUUUGGAUUGCAGUUCAGGUGGAGAAUCACCCUCUCGCUCUGAUUUACCUCUAUUCACAUUCAAGCAGGUUGGUAUGAUUUGUGAGCACAUGCUUCGAGAAAGAGAAUCCGAAAUCAGACAGGAAUAUGAUAAUAUCCUAGCUGGCAAGCUUGCAGAACAAUAUGAUGCCUUUGUUAGGUUCACUUAUGAUCAGAUUCACAGGAGUUAUGACUCUGCCCCAAGUUAUUUAUCGUAAAACUGACAUGUCGCCGCAGCGAAUGUUUUGUUCAUAAUUAUCAUCUAGCUAUUGAUAACUAUUUAAGGACCGUUUAUUACAGUUAUAUAAGAAGUCGUACAUCAGUGUGAGAUGCCUUAGAUCAUAAUCAUAUUUGCUCUUACGCACUACUCGAUUUGUAUAUAUAUAUAGUACAUAAUAUAUGAUUAAUAUUAUAUAUAAUCUAACUGUCACAUCAUAUAUUUUUAUGAUAUCAUAUUGUUUUUGUCAGAAUCGAUACACAAAACUAUAAAUGUUGUCAUUUUUCAAUUUAUGUACAUAUGUUUUAAUAUGCCCUAACAACUUACUUUUUCAAUUAAGCCUAUUUUAUUAUGAUUAUUUUCAUCAUUUAUAUCAAAGGCUCUGGGAAGUAAGUGCUGAUACUACCUUAUAUUAUUCUCUAGAAUUUUGAUAUUCCAUUUGACUUUUAAUAUUAUUUAAACAAAAUAGAACCCUGACUUGAAAUAUAUGUAGAUAAGACGGUCUGCCAUUGAAGUGUAUUCGAUUCUAGUUCAUUUAGAGUUACUGAUGAUUUUCAAUAGUCCUCUUACAUAUUUCCCUUUUUUUUUAUUUAUAAGUGUUUUUGUUAAUGUCAACUGAAAAUGUUUAGUAAAUUUCAUCAAAUAUAUUUUUGCUGGACUAUAGACUGAAAAAACCCGAAUGAGGUUGACUUGUUCAAUUUCAUGGAGAAAAUUUUUAAUGUUAAGAUUUAAAAAUUACUGAUGAAAUUUACUAUCAUUUUUUAUGUGGCUGUAGUUUCAUAUAGAAGGAUUUGAAAUGAAAUAUUAGAAGGAACAUAAUUUUUGUCCCCUGAAUACUCUCAGGAUGAAUUUUUCUACAAAUAAUAUAUGAAUUUCAUAUUACUAAGCGUUAAGUUAAGGAACAAUUUUGAAUGUAAGUUUGGUGGAGAAGAUAUUAGGAAUUUAAAAAAUAUGUAGUAAGCUUGAUUUCAGAUUGAAUAUCAUGAAUCAGAUGAGAACGUUUCAAUCUUCAUUAGAAGAUAUUUCACUUACCAUUAUUUUUGAAGAUUUUAAUGGUUAUGCCCUUUCUGCUGGGAGUUCUUUUUUUUUUUGUUUCGAUAAUUUGUAACGUAGUAGUUCCAGAUUAUAAUUUCCAAUAAAAAACAUAAACUGUUA